UUAAAAAUGAGCAGAUAAAACUGUUCCAAGUCUUCUCUUGUCCUCUCUAUAGCUUAUCAGCUAUCUUCGUCUCUUUCUUCUAAUGAAAACUAUGCUCCCUCUUUCUUGGCCAGGAGUUUACUUCUGAUGCAGGCGAUAGGCGCCAUCUUCCCUCCUCCACCAAUCAGUGGAAGGAGAACAUAAAAGAGAGAGAAAGAGAUAGGUGGAGUUCUCUGUUCUCACAGAAAACCAUGGAAUCUUUUUUAUGAUUUAAUACAGCCUUUCUGAAACUAGGACUUGAUUGAUCUCCCAUUCUUUCACACGUGAAAUUCACACGCUUUUCAAGCUACCGCUGCCGUGAUUAUAGGGUAAGUAUGCUCCCUGUCUCCCUCACUCUCCCUCUCUCUCUCAUUUAUAACGAAGAAAAGUGUAGGUGUGUGCAACUAAUGGAGUUAUCCAUGAUUUGUAAUACCGUUUUCUGUCAGAAAGAAGGAAGAUUUGGUUAUGGAUUCUUCUAUUGUGAUUUCUGAAGUUAACAUAUAAUUGGGUAUUCUCAGCAAGCUUCCGUUUCUGUUUCAAGUUGAGUGCAAAGGGCACUGCGAAACAAAAUGGCAGAAGAAGAGUUACCAAAUUCGGCUGAAGAAUUAAAUGCACUCAGCGCAUAUCCGAUGUACUUUGGCGUUUCGUGUGCUUUCCUUGCUCUUCAGUUCCUGUCCUCCGUGGACGGACCAAGCGCAGAGCCUGGCCAGCGAAAGUACUUGUUCGAAGAGAUUUUGCUUCGAGGCAGCGCCCAGCUUUUAGGAUUGUUAUUUGAGAAAGCUCAAAGAAGGCAUGAGUUUCUACAAGAAAAUGAGAGGAAGGCCAUGUUGGAAGUCGUGGAGCUGAGGCAGAUUCGCGCAGAGGACGCCAAGGCCAACGAGAAGGUUAUGUCCAUCUUUGCAGGUCGCGAGCAGAGCUGGCAAGCAGAAAGGAGGCGCCUUUUGAAUCAGAUCCAGUCCCUGUCGCGUGAAUUGUCCCAAGACAAGUUGAGGAAUGAGGAGGUCGUCUCUGAUCUAAAGAAGAGAGUUUUCGAGGAACAGCAGGCGAGAAGGAUCAAAGAUGACGGUUUUGAAGAAGAAGCAAAGAAAAGAUUGGAUUUGGAAGAGAGGCUGCGAGCUGCGCAGAAAGCAGUUGAGGAGUUGAGGGAGAAAACAAACAAGGAAGCGCAGGAUCACAUUUUAGAGCUCAGAAGGCAUAAGACAGCUUUCACGGAGAUGGUUUCCAACCAAAGGCAGCUGGAACUAGAGAUGGCUCGUUUGCUUCGCCAAGCUGAUGCACUAAAACAAGAGCUCGAAGAAGUUUUUGAGCAGAAGGAAGAGGCUGGAGCUAUGGUGGAGAAACUUUCGGAUGAGUUUGUUAAAGUUCAAAAGGACGCCGAGCAGAAAGGGAAGAUUGUUUCGGCCAUGCUUAGAAAAGCGAAGCACGAUACAGCUGAGAAACAGGCGCUUUUAAAGGAGGUGAAGAUAACUAGGGCGAAGAAGAAGCAAGCGGAGCUUGAGGCUGAAAGGUGGAAGAGCAUGUUGGAAGCAAAACAGAAGAAGGGCUCACGAGAAUUGCCUUCAGCUGAAGCUGGGAGUUCACGGGAAAGAGUUGCAGAGUUUCAAUCAAGCACUAGGGUUGACCUGAGAACACGUUUACUUGAGUACUUGACCACAGAGAACAAAAGAGAGCCUCAACUUCCCACAGAGAAGGUGGAGAGUGUAAUCAAACCAAUGGAGUUUCAGGUUCAGUUCUUGAACGACAGUGAUGAUGAUCUUGAUAAUGUUCAAGAGCUGCAAGAUUGGGUUCAUCAUGAAACUAAAAAAUACACAACAGUGCUGGAGCAAAAACAUUAUUCAGAGAUUGAAGCAUUUUCAGAGCAACUGAGAAUAAGAGAUGAGAAGCUGGAGGCUUUGCACUGGCGACUACUAAGCACCGAGCUGGACUCAAAGAGGCUGCAAUCUCACAUCGAAGGGCUUGACGGCAGUCUUACACAGCUAAGGGAUGAUAACCUGAAAUUGGAAGCUCUGUUAUCGGAUAGGGAAAGGGAACUAAAAUCAUUGAAGGAGAGAUUCAGCCUUUAUGGCAAGCAUUUUCAGGUGAGCAAUUCUCCUUCCAUUUCCGAGUUCUGUUUGCCCCAAUCUUUUGAUUCAUUAAUGAAGGUGUCAAAAAAGGAAUCGAAAGCGGAUGAAAGUUCAUAUGAAGUAGAAAAAAAUAAGCAGGAAGAUAGUGAAAUGAAAAAUGUAGAUGAAAUUGUAUUGCUUAGAAAAGGAAGGAUUGGAAUGGAAGCGGAAGCAACCAUUUGUAAUGAUUCGUUUUCAUCGAAAAACGUUUCUGGGGAUCAGUCAAAUGAGGAAAUUUUACUUGACGAUCAAUCAGGAAACGUUCAAAUGAUCUCUCAGUCUCCUGAAGGAGAGAUCGAAUUAGAGAGGGAUAUUGGCAUGGCUCUCAUUCAUUCCCAUGCAAGGCACAAUUCCUUGGAAGAUGCCUUUGCCUCAGUGUCCAGUAAGUUAGCUUCUGAAGGACAGCCUUUUUUAAAGAUGGAUUUUCAAGCUCUUGGAGUUUCCUUCAAGAUUAAAAGGCUAAAACAGCAACUUCUUAUACUAGAAAACUUGGCUGGUACACAUUCAUCUGAUCAUGCAACAGACAAUUCUGAUUCAACUGGCAGUACUAAUGAGAAGAACGUUGAGUUGAAAGGUUUAAUACAAGUAAUUUCCUUACUCAACAAGCAACUAAAGAGGUAUCAAACUCUUGAAGAGAAGAUUGAUGCCUUGUGCAAAAAGAUGCAUGAGAAUUCUGGGACUGUUACUGGUCGCCUUCUUCUAGAUGCUGGAACUAAAGAUAAAAUUGACAAACUCGAACAAUUUCUUGAAGAGACCUUUCAGUUACAAAGGUACAUGGUUGCAACUGGGCAAAAGUUGAUGGAGUUGCAGUCCAAGAUAAAAAGCAGUCUUGAUGGUGUUGAAGCACAAGAGGAAUCAGCUGUAUUUAACCUGGAGCAGUUUUUAGAUGUUGUUAGGACUCUUUUCAAAGAAGUUCAGAGAGGACUGGAGGUAAGAAUAGCUCGAAUAAUCGGUGACCUCGAGGGAACUUUAGCUAGCGAUGGCAUCCUUAGAAGAUGAUACUCUCUGAUUAUGAUUUAUUAGUCUUGCUUUAGAACGUAUUAUUCAAAUUAUUCUUGAUAGUGAGUAAUAAAAAGAGUAUACAUAAAUGGAUUUCAUUACAAAAUUCCGCCUGAUGUUCCUUUUUUCCCACAUAUUUUACAAAGGGAAAUCAAAUCUCAGAUAGGAGGCUAAUUCAAUUGCCAUUGACAUUUUGUUGCUUUUAUUUAUUUGUGUUUGUAAAUUGUUUUCCAUUGUAAUGAGUGAUUGCUAAGCAAGUUUUCUUCAAUUUGUUUAUAUUCAUGAUAA